AUGAAAAAACACAAUGGAAGCUGGAGGAUGUGCGUUGACUACACCAGUCUCAACAAUGCAUGCCCGAAAGAUUGCUACCCCCUCCCGAGAAUCGACCAGUUGGUCGAUGCAACGGCUGGACACGCGCGCCUCUCUUUCAUGGAUGCCUAUUCAGGGUACAACCAGAUCAGGAUGGCGCCCGAGGACAGCGAACACACGGCCUUCCUCACCGACCAGGGGGUGUACUUCUAUAAGGUCAUGUCGUUCGGGUUGAAAAACGCCGGGGCCACGUACCAGAGGACGGUGAACAAAAUGUUCGCCCAUCAGAUCGGAAGGAACAUGGAAGUAUACGUAGACGACAUGAUCGUGAAAAGCCAAAAGACCGAAGCACAUAUUGCCGACCUGGCCGAGGCGUUCAGCACGCUACGCAAGUUCGGCAUGCGGCUCAACCCCACAAAAUGCGCCUUCGGUGUCACCUCCGGGAAAUUCCUCGGGUUCAUUAUACAUGAAAGGGGAAUUGACGCCAACCUGGAGAAAGUCCAAGCGAUCAUCAACAUGCAGUCACCCCGGACGAUCAAAGACCUGCAGCGACUGAACGGAAGGAUUGUUGCCAUAUCCCGUUUCCUUGCCCGGUUGGGGGAUCACUGCCUCCCCUUCUUCAGGGCGCUCAAGGACCCGAAAAAAUUCCGGUGGACAACGGAGUGCGAAGAAGCCUUCAAACAAGUAAAGCAGCGCCUGGCGAACCUCCCCCGGCUCGCCUCUGUUUCUCCCGGCGAGAAGCUGGGUCUCUACUUGGCGGCCUCCCCACACGCGGUCAGCUCUGUCCUGAUCAAGGAAAGCUCUGACCAACAACUCCCGAUCUACUACGUCAGCCAUGUCCUGGGUGGACCCGAGGAGCGUUACCCGCCGAUCGAAAAACUCGCGCUCGCCUUGGUGCUCUCGGCUCGAAAGUUGCGCCCCUACUUCCAGGCGCACACGGUGGAGGUCAUCACCGACCAACCCCUUCGGCAGGUCUUAACAAAAUUUGAUGUUGCAGGACGGCUCCUCAAAUGGGCGGUGGAGCUGGGCGAACAUGACAUAAGAUACGUGCCCAGGACCGCCAUCAAGGCUCAGGCGGUGGCCGACUUCAUCGCGGAGUUAACUCAGAUGGAGGACAGGGACCUCGAGCAAACCCCCGAAGCUUGGACCCUGCAUGUGGACGGCUCGGCCAAUUCAAGGGGUGCCGGCGCGGGACUGGUUCUCCUCGCCCUCGACGGACGCUCGUUUGAACGUUCCCUCCACUUCGGGUUUAAGGCCACCAACAACGAGGCAGAGUACGAGGCACUCCUAGCUGGACUGAGGCUGGCCCUUGAGAUGCAGGUGGCCGCAAUACACGUCCUCACCGACUCGCAGCUCGUGGCCGAACAGCUCAGCGGAGGAUACGAAGCUCGGGACGCAACCAUGGCAAAAUACCUGGCACGGGUAAAGGACCUAACCGCCAAGUUCCCUUACUUUACGUUGUCUAACGUUCUGAGGGAGGAGAACGCGCGAGCCGACGCGCUAGCUAAGGUCGCGUCAAAGCCGACCUCCGAAGCGUGGCCGGAGGUUGAGGAGCUCCCUGCUCGCGCCAUUGAAGUGGCGGUCGCCGCCCCAGGCAGUGCGCCGAUCACAUGGGUACAGGAGCUGCUACGCUUCAAAAAGGAUGGCACCCUUCCCCUCGACGAGGUAGCGGCUCGGCGCCUGCGCCGUACACAUGCGUGGUACACCGAGGAGAGUGGGCGGCUUUACAGACGGUCCUUCGCCUACCCCCUCCUGCGGUGCUUGGAGCCUGACGAAGCACAGACGGUCUUGGCCGAAACCCACGAAGGGGUUUGCGGCGAACACAUUGGCGGACGGACCUUGGCACACAAAGUACUCCGCCAAGGCUACUACUGGCCAACCAUGUGCCGGGACGCGAAGGCUUACGUACAGCGGUGCGAUUCAUGCCAGCGACACGCCCGCGCACCCCGACAGCCUGCGGUCCCGCUCAGCCCCAUCGAUUGUGCGUGGCCAUUCGCGCAGUGGGGCUUGGACCUACUCGGACCCUUCCCGCCGGCUUCAGGACAGCGGAAGUACAUAAUCGUAGGAGUGGACUACUUCACAAAGUGGGUCGAGGCCGAGCCACUAGCGACAAUCACGGAACAUCAGGUGGAGAAGUUCGUGUGGAAAAACCUCGUGACUCGGUUCGGGUUACCCAAAGCCAUCAUCACAGACAACGGACCCCAAUUCGCCGGCCGAAGAUUCCGGGAGUUCUGUGCAGGUCAUGGCAUCCAACUAAGGUUCAGCUCGGUGGCCCACCCUCAGACAAACGGGCUCGCGGAGAUAACCAACCGAUCCAUCCUGGACGGACUCAAAAGAAGGGUGUCUGCAGCCCGAUCGGUCUAGGCGGACGAGCUCCCCAGCGUACUCUGGUCGCUGCGCACCACUCCCAAGGCCGCGACCGGAGAGUCCCCGUACAGUCUGACGUUCGGGACCGAGGCUGUCUUACCACCCGAAAUGGCUGUCGCCACCCUUCGGACAAGGAGCUACGACGAGGAAGUCUCGAACGAGGGACUCCGUGCCAGCCUCGACGUGCUCGAAGAGCGACGCGCCGACGCGCACCUAAAAGCCCUCUCUUACCAGAGAGCCGUUGCGAGGGUCUACAAUAAGAAGGUACGCCCCCGACCGAUCAAGCUAGGCGACCUAGUCCUGCGAAAAGCCGAGGUCAGUGACCCAGCCCGAGUGAGGGGGAAGCUAGCCCCCAAAUGGGAAGGACCUUAUCGGGUCGUCAAAACGGUCCGACCGGGCACAUACCGGCUCACGACAAUGAACGGCUCUCCCUUACCGAGAACCUGGAACAUCUGGAACCUCAAGAAGUUCUUCGUCUGAAGUGAAGAAACCUUUCUCGGAGGAAGCGUUUCGCCCGAAAGAGAAGAAGGCAGUAGUCGGGAAAAGCAAAAAGCUUCCUGCAGCACAGAAAGCAGGCCCGCUUACAAGGCUCGACUUGCAAAUAAUCAAGAAGCUUUUUUCGUGCAAAGAAGAACUUUUUCAAAGGAAGGAACCUUUUUAGAAGAAGAAGGAGACAAAACGAAAGGGAUCUUUCCUUUUAUUGAAGAAAGCAAGACAACUUACAGGACCCGACUUACAAAAACAGAGCACGAGGACCCCUUUUCCCCACCAGGAGGCUCAAGGCUCCUCCAGGCGGUCAUCGAAGGGGACCUCCUCGGGCAUAUCCACCCCUUGGUCCUCGGGAUGACGAGCGAAGGGAUUUUCCUCCACCUCGAGACCAGGGUGGCGAGCGCAGAAGCGGGAAGUGGCGAUUCGGUAUCCAUACUCGAAGGAUACCCGUCCCGUCCGCGUCAACCCGAGCUCGAACCCCUCCGACCUCUUAUAUGCCUCGAGGAGCUCCUUGUCUUUUGCGGGGCGAAGUCGGGACUCCUCCGCCAACGCCUCCGAGGCCACCCUGGCUUUAGCUUUUGCCUCCUCCAGCUCCUUACCAAGGGUGCUCGCCUCGGCCUUCAACAAACGGAGCUCGGUCCGCUCCACCCUCAUCGCCUUUUGGAGCCCCUCGUUCGCCCUUGUGGAGGCCUCGAGCUCCGACCAAAGGCGCAUCACCUCCGCCUCAAAAUCCGCCGCCCGCUGCUCGGCAGCAGCCACGGCCUCCGGACCAGCUCCGGCCCGGACCUCCUCAACCUGGCGAUGGAGCUCGGCGUUGCGGUUGAUAAGGCCCCCGAUGACGCGGCCGCCGUCACGCACCCUGUCCAUAAGGGCCGUCGCAUAAUGAAGCACCUGCGAUUGGAAAGGGCGGGUUAAAGGGGGACGGCACCAGGCAAGCAAGACUAACCAAAACAAAAGGUGAAGCGCUUACCCAGAUCAAAGACUGGGCGGAUUUGUUGAGCAACGCCUCCGAGGGUAGCACAUACAAAUCCCGAGCCAUAUCAGGAUGAAGCGCGCCUCGGAGGAACGUCGUGGUGGGGUCCCCUCCAGCCCACACCCUGUCCCCCCGGGACAAACCAUCCCAGCGAGCGACUAGGGGGUCACUGGGCCUCCCGGGCGGAGCCUCCCCCACCAGGCGAGUCAGGAACGGCUCCCCGUCCCCGGCCGGUAGCCGACACAAAUCGCGCACGGAGGUCGGCCGCGGAUCCUUCCCAGCUGCACGGCGGCUAGGACCAGCCUCACCCUGACGGAUGCCUUCCUCGGCCCCCUUUGAGGGCGCCGCCUUCGCCCUCUUCCGAGGGCGCCCGGACUCGACCUCCAGAGGCGCGUCCUCAGUGCCGAGUUGCAAGUCGGCCGACGAUGCUGGAAGAGUAGCCGGCGGAUCAACCGGAAGUACAGGAGGUGGGGCCUGCGGCGUGUCGUCUCCAAGGAGUGACCGGAGCUUCACCAUUUCUGCAAAAAGAUCAAAAAAGCGUCAGCAGUAAGGAAGAACCACAUGAAUACCCGAACCAAACAACAACUGACGUACCCGGAGGCAUCGGGCUGAGGCCCGCCUCGACCAGCCACCCCUCGGUCAUGUUCCGGAGGGCCUGGGACCUGGGGAGAAUCUCCCUGAGCCGCCCCAGGUCGAGGCGCUCUGCUUCGCCCAAACAUGGGGUGGUGUUGUCGAUCACCCUCGCAGACCAACGGACUCCGAAACCCCAGUCUUGCUCACGGCUGACGUAAAAGAACCUCCCCUUCCACCCUUUAUUGUUAGAAGGGGCCCCCCCAACUCGGAAGCCCUUUCGGGCGGACAAAAAAUAACCCCCCGAACCCUUGGUAAGGCGAUAACAGGAGAGGAAAAGAUGGAGGGAGGGGACGAUAUUGGCAUAGUGGCAUUCCCCCAAGAACACCACCAGGUAACGCUAGGAGUUCGGCGCCACCUGGGAUGGCGAAAUCCGCCAGAAAGACAAACAGGACACAAUAAGGGGGUGCAGAGGGAGACGCAGACCCGCCUCCAGGGCAUCCAGGGUUAAGGCGAAGCCCUUCGGGACGGGGUCAUACGCCCGUUGUCCCGGCUCAGGCGCACCAAGAACGUAGUCCCCCGGGAUGCCAUAGCGCUCCCGGAGUCCGACCUGCAACGACUCACUCACAGAGGAGUCCUGAUCAUGUGGCCACAUCAAGGCCUCAAGGGCCCGUGCGACCUCCCCGUCGGAAGACUCAACGAGGGGCGGAAGAGGGCUUCCCCCCCUAACCCCGGAGGAAUGGACAGAAGAGGAGGAGGGAGAGGAAACCAUCCUGACUGACCUUUACUGGGAGGGUGCUACGGGAAAGUUGAGCGACGCUGGAGGCGAAGAGGAUGACCGGAAGAAGGACGGCAAGACCGGAAGGAAAAAAACUCAGCGAUGAGAGACGGUGGGGAAGACAGGCGCCCGCUAAUUGAAGGGAACAUCCCGCCGGAUCCAGCGCCCCUUCGCCUCCCAAGAAGUGGGCGGCAGCCCACUCACACUCGCACGUAACCGUCGCGCCGCAUCGGAAAAUACCCAAAAGCGCUCCGCCUUAAUGAAGGCCUGACAUGGCGGCCCCGUCAAAAACAGCAACGGACGCCUCGAGCCCGGCACCCUAAGACGUGCGGCGGAGGCAAUUAACUCCCCCUCAGAGAAAAAUCAAACGCGCCCCGAGACCGCACCAGCGUGGUAACCCGCCUGCGUCGUGCUCCUCGGCCCUCGGCUGCACGCCCCCCGAGACCGCACCAGCGCGGUAACCCACCUGCGUCGUGCUCCUCGGCCCUCGGCUGCACGCCCCCCGAGACCGCACCAGCGCGGUAACCCACCUGCGUCGUGCU